UGCAAGAUAUCAUUACGCAUAGGUUCUGUGAAUUCCAGAUACCGUACUCUGCAUUGUUACUCAUAACGGGUAAGGUAGCAAAAGUAAUCGGAGUCGAAGUUUUGAAAUCACAAAGGAAGAUCCAAAGAAAUUCCUACUAUUGUCAUUUUAUUGAUAUUAUCUGUAUCCCCAGUAUUAUUAUGGCUAGCCGGAAAACGGAAGGACGAAUGAAGCGUAAAGCCCGUUAUGGACGAACCGGUCGUACCACGACCAAUGUGUUUUCCCAGUUUAAACAAGAACAGAUCCAGGAGAUGAAGGAAGCCUUUGAAAUGAUUGACCAAAACCGAGACGGGAUCGUCGAUAAACAGGAUCUCCAUGUUAUGUUAGCUUCGCUAGGACAUGAACCAUCAGAUAGUCAAAUCGAGACAAUGUUGGCAGAACUGCCGUGUCCUAUGAAUUUCACUCUGUUCUUGGCCAUGUUCGGUGAUCGACUACAAGGAACGGAUCCAGAAGACACCAUACGCAACGCAUUUAGCGCCUUUGAUGAGCAAGGCACAGGCACAAUUGACGCCGGUCUGGUGCGCGAAAUGCUGACCAGUAUGGGUGAACAGCGUCUCACCGAUGACGACGUCGAUGCCAUUUUCCGCGAUGUGCCCGGGACCGCAGAAGGUCUCUUCAACUAUAUGGAGUUCACCAGGACUAUCAAAUACGGUAUUAAAGAGCAAUCCGCAGACCAAGGCCGUGUUGAAACACUAACGACGGAACCGGAAAUUUUACCCACGAUUACGGAACUCUGAGUCUUUAGAAGGGUCAGUUCGACUGUCGCAGCUACACUGCAUACAUCGGAGAGUUGAAACGUUCAUUCUUUUCCGGAUAACAAUAAGCUGCCACUGAUAAACGGUAUUUUAUAUAGCCUAAAUCCGUGAGUUUGGCGUUGAAUUCAAGUCAUAAAUCCAGACAGUGAUAUUAAGUUGUUAAAUGUUUAUAACGCUUUGUUGAUGACCUUUAAAGGAGAAGAUCGACCGCAAGAGUGCAAUGUGGCUUUCAAGCGAUCGUUUGCAGUGCAAGCAGUAUUUGGAAUACGCUCCACUCGAAUCUUUCAAUACGGAGUGUUUCUGUAAACUUAGCUGGUAUCACUUGCAAUACACGCUGAUAAGUACUUGUACUGUAAUA